GUCGGUCGCGCGCUCAUGUAUACGUCACCUCGGCGAGCGCGUAACACUCCGUACAGUAUACAAUCGUAAAAAAAAGAAAAAAAAAAAAAAAAAAAAAAAAAAAAAAAAAAAAACGACGCGUGUGUGCUGGUGACGCGAGCCCUCUUGUUAUACAAUUGGAUACAUGCAGCUCGCGAAUGACCUAAACUUGUAAGCAGCACGAAAACGAGAGGAAAACCAAGAGUAUGGCGACCCUAAGACUACUGGCGGCCGGGGCGAGCGCCCUCGGCGCCGGCACCCUCACAUCGUACUAUCUUCUUUCGCCCGACACCCCCGUACAUGCAGAAAUUGCACGACCGCCCAAGCGACCUCUGCCAAGCCGCGAGGAUCAGAUAGCAGCGCUGAAGAAGGGCGAUGUAUACGACGUUUUAAUCGUGGGCGGUGGCGCUACGGGUGCCGGCUGCGCCCUCGACGCGUGCACGCGAGGACUGAAAACCGCGCUCAUCGAGGGCGACGACUUCGCGUCGGGCACCUCGUCGAGGAGCACCAAACUCAUCCACGGUGGCGUGAGGUAUCUGCAGAAGGCGAUCAUGCAGCUGGACAUCGAGCAAUACAGGAUGGUCAAGGAGGCCCUCAACGAGCGCGCCUCCAUGAUCCACAACGCCCCCCAUUUGGCCCAUCCACUACCGAUCAUGCUUCCCGUCUACACGUGGUGGCAGAUACCGUACUACUGGUUCGGCAUCAAAAUGUACGACCUCGUGGCCGGCACCAAGACCGUCAAGUCCUCGUACUACCUCAGCAAGGGCGACGCCCUCGAGCUGUUUCCCAUGUUGAAAGGCGACAAGCUCACGGGCGCCAUUGUCUACUACGACGGGCAACAGGAUGACGCUCGAAUGAACUUGGCGGUAGCUCUGACGGCGUCGAGGCACGGAGCGACCGUAGCGAAUCACGUGACCGUGACCAAUCUCCUCAAAGGAAUCGACAAAGAUGGACAACGAAUCCUCACCGGAGUCCACGUACGAGACGAACUGACCGGCCAAGAGUGGGACGUCAAAGCCAAAUCGAUUAUCAACGCGUGCGGCCCAUUCACCGACUCGAUCCGAAAGAUGGACGACGCAGACGUGCCGGAGAUCUGUUGUCCCUCGUCUGGCGUGCACAUUGUCCUGCCCGGCUACUACAGUCCCGACCAGAUGGGCCUACUCGACCCAUCGACGAGCGACGGCCGCGUCAUCUUCUUCCUGCCCUGGCAGAAGCACACGAUCGCCGGCACGACCGAUCUGCCCUGCAACGUGACCCACAACCCAAAGCCCACCGAGGACGAGAUAAUGUUCAUCCUCCAGGAGGUCAAGAACUACCUGAACCCUGACGUCGAGGUCCGUCGCGGUGACGUGCUUUCGGCCUGGAGUGGCAUCCGACCCCUGGUCUCCGACCCGAACAAGCCCAACACCCAGUCGCUGGCUCGCAACCACAUUGUUCACGUGAGCCCGUCGAAGCUUAUAACGAUCGCGGGUGGCAAGUGGACCACUUACAGGGCCAUGGCCGAGCACACCAUCGACGCCGCUAUCAAAGCUUGCGACCUCAAGCCCGAGCGAGGCUGCCAGACCGAGGGUCUGCUGUUGGAGGGUGCCCACGGCUUCAGUCCUACCAUGUACAUUAGGCUAGUGCAGGACUUUGGGCUCGAGUGCGAGGUGGCCCAGCACUUGGCCAAGAGCUACGGCGACCGGGCCUUUGCCGUCGCGAAGAUGGCCUCGCUGACCGGCAAACGGUGGCCCAUCAUCGGUAAAAAGAUCCACCCCGAGUUCCCGUACAUCGACGCCGAGAUACGUUACGGAUGCCGGGAGUACGCGCGAUCGGCUAUCGACAUGAUAGCUCGCCGAUUGCGGCUGGCCUUCUUGAACGUGCAGGCGGCGCAGGAGGCAUUGCCAGGGAUCGUCGACAUAAUGGCCGAGGAGCUCAAGUGGAGCGACGCGGAGAAGAAGAAGCAGCUCAAGGAGGCGACGGAGUUCAUCGCCAACGAGAUGGGCAUGAUAGUCAACAGGACGUCGCGCGACAAGAUACCGAUCAAUCUAACCAAGGACGAGAUACAGCUGUACAUCAAGCGUUUCCAGAUCAUCGACAAGGAUCGCAAGGGAUACGUCUCCAUCAACGACAUCAGACGAGGACUCAAGGCUCUUGGAAUAAAGCUGAACGAAUCAGAGAUGCACUUGUUACUGAACGAAGUCGAUCUCAGCUACAACGGCCAGCUGGAGCUGCAAGACUAUUUACAGCUGUUUGGCGACAAGGAUGUACCAGGUGACGAACUUCAUGAAAUCCUUAAAGAAAUCGACACUAACAUGAACGGUCAAGUAGAACUGGACGAGUACCUUCAGAUGAUGUCGGCGAUAAAGUCCGGCCAUGUGGCUUACUCGCGAUUCGCGCGAAUGGCCGAGAUGGAGGAGGCCGAGCACGAGAAGGACGCGCUCAAGAAGAAAAUCAGCGUCGAACGAUCGGGCGGUGGCUUGUAAACGGCCCCUCCCCAACUCGUAUACCCUCCCUUGCAUCGACUCUCGCGCAUCUUCAUGCAUUACUAUUGUUAUAAUUGUUACUGCUGUCAAAUCCUUUCCACUCCACCCUACAUCCACCGCCGAAGUUUGUUUUAUCGCGAUUAUCCGUGCGACCAAAAACGAAAGAUAUACCAGUACGUUAAUAGUGAAAAAUUCCUAUCUUUGCUCUACCGUUGCUGCACACAUUUUGUUCAUUUGGUAGGAAGAAAAUUAGAGAAUUCGACAGAAACGAACAGUGAACAAAACUCUUUCUUGUAAACAUUAGCCAUUUUUUUUGCGCUUUAACGAGGAAUGUACUUUGGUGGAAGAUUUGAGUGACGUACAAAACAAAUGAAGGAAAAGAGAAACGAUUUGUUGGAAAAUUGUUUUUUUUUAAAUUGGUCUCUUAGUGAAUUUAUCAUGUUUAGGUUUUUUUUUUUUUUUCAUUCGACUACGCGAUCGCCACCGUUUCAACUGUCACUUUUCAUCCGCUUGGAUGACAAAAUAAUAUACCUGUGCCAUUUUCUGUUUUAAGAUAUAAAUGUGUCUUACGCCAUUUUUUUCUCACAACAUAAAAUACAACGUCUCGAUGGCGUUUCAUGUUCAACUUUAUUAUGAAAAUAAUUCUAAUGGAAUUCACCAAGUGUUUUAAAAACUGGGACUCUUUGACGCUACACUGUCGUAUACUUGCCUUUUAAAUGUUAACUUAAUAAAACAGGUGAAAAUAAGAGAAGCUAAAAAAAAUCAUGAAAUAAACCCAUGAGAUAUUGGAAAAUAAAAUAAAAUUGAAAAAAAUUAAACAAAACGGAAUCUAGAAUGACUGGUAAAAGGAAAAAAAAUCCAGUGCAACACUUUCUCAUUUUGUACGGUGGAUCGUGAAUAAAAUUUGUUUAUAGAUAAUAUUGAGUGUGUACAUAAGAUAAACAAUUAACUCAUCUUUAAUCGGUAAGGUCGUGCAACCUUCAAUUGUUAUUUGUGACACAUGAUUAUUGUAUUUAAAUAUUAUCACACUAGAAAAAUAAAAGAAAGUAAAAAAGGUACACCAUUGCAAUAAUAAUCGUGGUAACCACAACAAAUUAUAAUACACUAGUAAUAAAUUCACACAUGAAUUCAAAAACCUUGUUGAAGUUAUUUAUUUAAUUUUAUUUAAUUCAGCAAAAGUUAUGUUUUAACAUUAAUAGGUUAUUUAGACUUGAUGCUGGCAAAGAGAAACAUUAAUUAUUAUUUAAAUUACAUCUACAAUUGCAUACGACGAUGAUGACUCAUUAUCGAUAAACUCGCUGGAACGAUUUGCAAAAGUCUGUAUCGAAUAAAAAAAUGAAAUUCUCUUAAA